AACCUGCCAGAACACAAUCGUACUUCGCAGAAAUUGCACACCAAAAUGCAAGCGCCGUUGAAGCAAAUUUUCUUUCUUCUAUUAUUGGCCGUUUCAUCGCACCCCACCAUAGCUAAAUCAUGUGAAACCGAAGACUACGAGGAUGGCGUUUGUGUUCCGUUGCAAAAAUGUGACAAGUUCAAAGAAGCCCGUGAAAAAGAGGCUUUAUCGGCAGGUCAGCGAAAUCUUAUUGACCGGGAGCUGGCCAAGUGUACGGACGAGGAAGAAGCAGGACUGAUCUGCUGCAAGCGAAUACUACGUCCUCCUAUUGCGCGUUCCUUCGAGGAUGCCAAACCUCUGACCGGUGGAAAUCGCGAUGUUCUGCCGAAACAAAGUGAAUGCGGAUUGGACAGUGCCGACAGGAUCUAUCAUGGAAAUGUAACUAGCCUAGAUCAAUAUCCUUGGCUAGUUCUGAUCAAGUACAUUGAUAACGACGAGAAAGAAUCAUUUAAAUGUGGUGGAUCGCUAAUCAGCAAACGCUACGUUCUCACGGCUGCUCACUGCAUCAACCAAGCAAUUGCCGGUGUUCGUCUUGGUGAGUGGGACCUGGAGACGGAUCCCGACUGCGUCACUGAGCAAUCUAUCAGGCGCUGUGCGGAUCCGGUUAUUGAUGUCGGCAUAGAAAGGAUAUCGAUCCAUAAAAACUACACCAGACGAGCCUCCAAAGGAGGUAAGAUCGAUAUGGCUUUACUGCGCUUAGAUCGGGAGAUCUCCUUCGGACGUUUUGUUUUACCGAUUUGCCUACCGAGAACGGAUGCCGAAGCGCAACGCGCCGAUAAUCAAACACUGUACGUGUCCGGCUGGGGAAUGACUGAAAAUGACGUGGUUAGCACGAAGAAACUAUUUGUUGACGUGAACAAUGUGGAGCUGGACGAGUGUCGAAGGAAGAUCAAUGCACCGUUGAUAAAAAUUGACGAAACGAUGAUCUGUGCGCUGGGGGGAAAUGGCAAGGAUGCCUGUCAAGGUGAUUCGGGAGGGCCGUUGAUGGAGAUUAAGCAGGUGGCCGGUGGAAAAAAGCGAUUCUUUCUGAUAGGAGUAGUUAGCAAAGGGUUGACCUGUGGUUCAACGAAGCCUGGAUUUUACACGGAUGUAUACCAGCAGUUUGAUUGGAUUAUAUCGAAUAUGGAACUAAACUGAUAAUUAGGAACAUAUCAGUAGAGUAGAAGGGCGCUCGAUCAUCGCUGGAACUUGUGUCGUUUUGUAUAACUUAAGAAACAUAACUAGCAAAAAAUUUCAAAUCAGAUGACAAGUGGAUUUCGAAAGCCUAUUUUAAUCGGAAUGGAAUGGAAUAUUCAAUGGUUAAAAUCUGAUCAGAGCUUAUUAACACAAUUUAAAGAAGAUAGAAAGCGAUUGACAUGAUAAAUGGAUUACCGUCCUGAGUUUUCGAAGUGAGUGCCGGCAAAUUAUCUUCGAUAUCUUUUGAACGUGUAAACGUGUCAAAAUGCUGUCAUUGAUUUUUCGCUACGAUAACUGCAUGGGCAAUUGACCAAUCUAAUCAAAACUGCAGUGACUGCGGCGCACAAUCCGCUCAGCUUAAAAUAAAAAGUGGACUAAAGUCAAAACUUUGUCGUAUCGAUUCAUAUUAGAUGGUUUUAUGGAAUGUUGGUACACUGAAAUUGUUUUUGACAUUAACAUAUCAAAAUACACUUUUGCACUUAA